CAGAAGCCUUUGAAAAUGUCGGUUGCAGGUUAAAAGUGAGAAGGAAUUUGUCUCCAGGAAGCUCAAACACGGCACACCAGUUUUGUUGUCUCUGUCUAGAUAUUUAAGAAGUGGAGCAAGGGAUCCAAUUGACCACCCUUCCUGCUCAGACUGUGGGGAGGGAUUCACUCGGUCAUUUGACCAACUGACACACCUGGAAUUUACACAGGAGAAAGGCCUUUCACCUGCUCAGACAGUGGGAAUGGAUUCCCUCUGUCAUCACAAUUGAAGGUACAUCAGCAAAUUCACACUGGACAAGGCCAUUCACCUGUUCUGUGUGUGAGAAGGGGUUCAGUUGGUCAUCCUACCUGCGGACACACCAGUCAGUUCACGCUGGGCAGAGGCUGGUCAUCUGCUGAAUUUCUGGGAAAGGAUUCACUCAGUCAUCUGACCUAAUGGCUCACCAGCGGGUUCACACUGGGGAGAAGCCAUUCACCUGCUCAGAGUGUGGGAAAGCAUUUACACAGUCAUCUACCCUACUGGUACAUCAGCGAGUUCACACUGGGGAGAAGCCAUUCUCCUGCUCAGAAUGUGGGAAGGGAUUCACUCAGUUAUCUCACCUACAGAGUCACCAGCAAGUUCACACCAGGGAGAAAGCGUUCACCUGCUCAGAAUGUGGGAAGAGAUUCACUCACUCAUCCACCCUACAGAGACACCAGCAAGUUCACACUGGGGUGAAGCCAUUCACCUGCUCAGUCUGUGGGAAAGGAUUCACUCAGUCAUCUACCUUACUGGUACAUCAGCAAGUUCACACUGGGGAGAAGCCUUUCACCUGCUCAGUCUGUGGGAAGAGAUUCACUAAUUUAUCCAGCCUACAGAGACAUCAGCGAGUUCACACUGGGGAGAAGCCAUUCACCUGCUCAGUCUGUGGGAAGAGAUUCACUAAUUUAUCCAGCCUACAGAAACAUCAGCGAGUUCACACUGGGGAGAGGCCGUUUACCUGCUCAGAAUGUGGGAAGAGAUACGCUGACUCUUCCACCCUACAGAGUCAUCAGCGAGUUCACACUGGGGAGAGGCCAUUCAUCUGCUCAGUCUGUGGGAAAGGAUUCACUUGGUCAUCUGAUUUACGGAGUCAUCAGCGAGUUCACACUGGGGAGAAGCCGUUCACUUGCUCAGUCUGUGGGAAGAGAUUCACUCAUUCAUCUCACCUACAGAGUCAUCAGCGACUUCACACUGGGGAGAGGCCGUUCAUCUGCUCAGUCUGUGGGAAGGGAUUCACUCGGUUAGCUAACCUACAGAGACACCAGCGAGUUUACACUGGGGAGAAGCCGUUCACUUGCUCAGUCUGUGGGAAGAGAUUCACUCAUAAAUCCCACCUACAGAAUCACCUGCGAGUUCACACUGGGGAGAGGCCUUUCACCUGCUCAGAAUGUGGGAAGGGAUUCACUCAGUUAUCUCACCUACAGAGUCACCAGCAAGUUCACACCGGGGAGAAAGCGUUCACCUGUUCAGAAUGUGGGAAGAGAUUCACUCGCUCAUCCACCCUACAGAGACACCAGCGAGUUCACACUGGAGAGAAGCCAUUCACCUGCUCAGUCUGUGGGAAAGGAUUCACUGAAUCAUCUACCCUACUGGUACAUCAGCGAGUUCACACUGGGGAGAAGCCGUUCACCUGCUCAGUCUGUGGGAAGGGAUUCACUCAGUCAUCUACCCUACAGAGACACCAGCUAGUUCACACUAGGGAGAGGCCAUUCACCUGCUGAGAAUGUGGGAAAGGAUUCACUCAGUCAUCCCACCUACUGGCACACCUGUCAGUUCACAAUGGCGAGUGGCAAUUGUUAUGAAUUCCUAGGUUUUUUUGCUGUGGAUUGUCAUUUUAAGAGAGAGAGAGAUUAAGAAGGCAAAUGUGUCUGACUUGCAGCUUGUUUACAUCGCUCGCAGCUUGUUUAGUUUUAACUGAGGACACAGACACUCAGAGUCAGACGGAGACGAAGGAAGGAAAAUGGAAGAAUCGAAACCAGGGAACUAGUGGCCAAGGGUGACUGUUUGGAACUUUCCUUUGACCACAAGGGUGGGCUAAUUAUUGAUUCACCGUACAUCAAAAUUGUGGUUGUCACCUCAUUUGAUCCAUAGAAGUGGAUCUGAUUUGGGGUAUCCUGUGGAGACCACUUAAGUGUUAACCAUUGCCUGGCUGUGGUGUGGUAAUUCACUAAGACAAUACCAAUUAUGACAAGUCACUUCGGGUGAUAAUUAGUAUGUGGAUUUGGAAGGAUGACAGAUAAAAUCUACAGUGACUGUUGGUCUCGUUUUACCACCAUGGAACCUGUGGAAUACGACAUAAUUGCCUUCUCUCAACAUUUAUCCUGGAUUACAAAUAUCUCUCUCAUCACCUAUUCUGUGGUUGAACUGAACUUUCAUACUUUCCCAUCUCAAGACUCCAAGCCUUGUUUCCCCGGAGCUCAAUAGUUUGCGUGUUAUAUUUAUACACAUUUAUACACAUAACACUCAAGAGGAAAUCUGCAGAUGCUGGAAAUUCAAACAACAUACACAAAAUGCUGGUGGAACACAGCAGG